AUGAAUUAUAUGCCAAACAAAGAACCAACGUCCCAGUAUCACCAUCUCCCGAUUCCAUCACCGGGCUUAGUAUCCUGCAGAACAUUUGACGACCUUUUCAAUACAUCCGAACUUGUUUUCAUCGAACGGGUCAACAAUUAUUUGCACAAUUCAACUCCUAAUAAAGAAAUGCACAUUGCAAAAAUUUGUUCAAACACCUUUGGACGCUUAAUCGAUGAAGAUAUGAUCGUUUAUGUUUUAAGUUUGUUUAAAAAUGGUUUUUUACCGAAAUUUGAUGUGUAUUCAAAUGUUAGUGCUAUUAUCAAUAUCUAUGCUGCACAGAACAAUUUGAACACGUUGAGCAACAAUGUAUUAUCUCCUGUAUCUGGAAAAUGUUGCAUUGAAUGUGGCAAAUAUUUUUCUCGACUGUGUUCCAAAAAGGUGACAAUUUAUGAAUUUGAUGGAACAAUUAAUAAUGGUUUAAUUUUUUACUAUUACUGUUCUCACACUAAGACAGAAAAAUGCAAACAAUCAGCAACAAAGCAUUAUCCGAAUUUUAUCUCAUCAAUUAAUGGAAAACUUCUUACCAGAGAAUCGUUUCAAAACACAGAGUAUUUCCAUAUUGGUGGUGAUGCCGUGUUUUCAAAAAAAUUAAUGUUGCAAUUUGAAACUCUUCUCAUUACAUCUCAUACAAAUUUCCAAGGUUUUAUCAAUUCUUAUAAUUUAUUACAUGAAUAUGAAUGCAACGACCAUCGUUUCGCUGAACGUCGAAUAUUUUCUCAAAUAUGGAUAACUUAUCAAGUAAUCACGUUGGCAUUCUUUAUGGGAUAUGAUCAAAUUACACUGCCAUCUACUAUGGAUCGACAAGAUAAUGAUUCAUUCUUUUAUUCAAUAUUUCAACCUUUGUAUCCACUCUUCGUGAAAUUUUGGCUGAAUCAUGCUGAAUACAAACCUUGCAGUUUAUAUUGUUCACGUGCUUUGGUGGUCGAUGGUAAUCAAAAAAUACGCAGAAGGAUAUGCCUUGAUAAGACACACACAAUUUCCACAGCAGAAAUAUCUUCGAUUAACGUUGGUUGUGAUCAAACCCCGUUGUACAAAUCAAUGUAUUGUAAAGAACAUUCGCCUAAAGAAGUAUCACGAUUAUUGCCGAAUUACAAACAUAUAGCCAACAAUCCAAUUCUCACAUCGAAAGCUAAAGCAAAAUCAAGAAUCAACAAAACGAAUCAACAUUCACAAACUGUGAUUAUAGAACAUGAAGCUAUUAGUUGCUCAACUUUAAAGGAAAAGCCAAAAGCAUAUGUUGAUAAAUGUAUGCGCUCCUUCGGCGUCGUUGUGUACACGACAAAUUGCAAUGUUACCGUAGCAUUUAAUGAAAUCUUUAGAUCCGAAACGAUCAAAGAAAUCCUGAAUGGAUUGAUAUCAAUCGUAAACAUCUCACCAUCUCUUCCUCCAUGCAUUGUCUAUGAUGACGCCUGCCAUUUGAUACGUCGUUUAAUUGAUGGACAAGUAAAAAAUGAAUUUAAUGUUACACCAGCCAUCUUGUAUCUUAAUACAAAGACAUACAACAUAGAUAGAAUGCACCUCAUUAAUCACAGAGACAAAUGGUGUCGGAAACAUUUAGAUCCUAAAACCAAUCCAUUAUUGAACAAUAUCAACACUGAAUCCUGCGAACAAUUGUUUAGCUGGAAUAACGGUUAUGCCACUGCAUUUACCAAUAUGAACCAAUCACGUUGCCGCCUUAUGAUCUUAAUCACGUUUCAUUUACGAAAUUGUUAUUUAAAGAAGAUCAAUCCACAUUCAUUCGACACAGGAAAACUAAUUGUUACAAAAAAUCGACCUUUAAUAAUUUAG